UGGGCGUGACGGCUCGGUCGGAAAUGCUUCCUGCCUUUUGAUGCUUGCACUCCUGAAAUACACACAUUUUCAGAGAGGAGAUUCUGUGAAUAAUCUCUAUGCAAUAAAUACUUUAAAAAGGGCAAUGUACGAAUCGCGACGCAGCUGCUGCGGUUCUUAAUUCUUUUGGCCUUUUAUCUAAUUAGGUUCAUAAAAUGGGAAACCCCGGACACGCACACAAACAAACAAUAGACUAAAAUUUAAACGUAGCUCAAAAUAAUAAUAAAUAGAAACGGGAUCCACAAAUUGUUAGUCGCGUUGCAAACAUAUCUUUUUAACCGGGCAUGGUUUCAUGUUAUAAAGUUAGCCGCUACAAAAAUUAUCAAAUUAAAAUUUGAAAGUAGACAGACCACGUUAGAAUAUUAUCCUAAAUGAUUUGAAAACCAAAGACUACAUCGCUACACAAUUCAAGAAGUGUGUUUAAUACUGUUUAAACUUUUGAAUAGAAGUCUUCGAGAGUUCUUUCAUGUGUAGAAUUUAGUUUGUUUAUGCUCAAAUGUAUUUCCACCACCAUUAUCACAAGCAAACACCACAAAAACACGAGAAUUUCAAAUAUGGAAAACAAGACAGUAGGAGGACGUAUAUGGAACGUAUCCCCGAGACUGGGACGACUAGAACAUGUGGAGGUAGAAACCGAGGACCUAAGCGGGAGGAGCAUAUUUCACUUGUGCGUGAACGUCCUGUGGAUAAUUUUGUGCUUCUAUGUCCUGUCCAAGCUGACCCAUCUCGUGGAGCAGUUCAUCGGCCAGCGGCUCCUUCGCCAGAAGCAAUGGUGCGACGUCCACACAAUUAAAACCGAUUGGGAGCAGACCCUGCAACUUUAUGAGGAGGACAAGCGCCAGCUGGACGCACAGGUGCGCGAGUUGCGAGAAAGGAACCUGAGUAUGGAGCGCUUGAUGGUCGAUUUGCGAGACUACAACAUCCACUUGAUCAGUGAAAACUUUAUGCGGUCCGUGAUGCAGGAACAGAAAACAAGGCCGGCGCAGCCAAACAUCUACAUCACCAACAGCCACUUCCACCUUAUACGCCAGAUGUUUCUGAAUGAAAGUCAAAUCAAUCUCGACGUCCAUAACGCUGGCGAAAAAGGAGCCUCCGCGGAGUCGAAAAAUGUCUGGCUACAGUAUCUGAGGAUGCGCAAGUGCUAUAUGGGUCCAAUUGCUGAUCCAAAAUUGAUAGAUCCCAGCACUACCGAUCAGAUCCUCCCAAUUGUUAUGACGACCGAGCAGUUGGCCGAGUUGCAAGGCAUGAUCUAGUUGGUUUUAAGUUAAAUUCAAACAGAUAUUUCGAUUGUUAUAUUAAUCACAAAACAAAAAAAACACAAAAAAAAAAUAUUAAAAUUAAUUAAUAUAUAAUUUGUCAUUAUUUAAAAACGGAAAGGGUGCAAGUCUCAGUCAGCGCUAAUUUUAAUAUCCUUGCAGCUAAAAUCACAAGAUUAUUAUGAUAUUCGUGGAGGUUAUCAUAUUUUCAAUUCAAUUAAUAUACCAGAUUCAAAUUCAGCUCAGUGCUUCGGUCCCGGGAAAAUCGGUUUUAUUUCUUUAUCCACCUACCGCCAACCUUCAAACCACCUUACAACUGCCUCAAACUUCACCCCACUUCGUUGGCCUUCGUGUCAACAUCUGGCGGAAACGAAACAGAAACAAAAAUGCAAAAUAUAGCUGUCUACCAGUUUGUCGUCUGUUUGUUCCAACUGGGGCUGCUAAGACGAUGACUUAUCAAGGCAGAAUUUAGCGAUUGGUUCUUCAGCUUUCUUCUCCGUUCCCCCUAUGUGCCAGCACUUUCCAUUUUAUUUUCUUUGCCAUGGGGUCACUGGCAGUUAUCGUUGCAAUUUUGUAAUCAGUUGCCGGCUCAAGGUUAAAUGCUCGCCGGCACUAUGGACAAAGUCUGUGGGUGCAGGUCCUAUUCGGCCUGAUGCCCUUCCAUUUCUAUUAUUUCUUUCCCCGUGUGCCAUUUCCGGUUUCGGCGUUCAUUUGCUCAUAUUUUUGGACGAAGAUUCGCCAUAUUUGAUUUACAUUUGAUCGAAAGCUGGCGCUCUCGAUGUUGUUUUGCUUACUACUUAAUGGGUCGUUUGCCUGACUGGCCCAUGAGUAUAUACACGUAUGUACAUAUGUAUAAACAUACAUAUGUAUGUACAAAUGUGCAAACGAACUCGAAUCGGAUUUAUUUAGUUAUUCAUUUGCGAUUGUCACUUGGUUGAGUUAGAUUUAUUGCCAUUUAUAUGCAAGUUUAUUGUAUUUUCUGGAUCAGUAUUGUGCGUUAAAUUGGGGGUUUCCUUCCUCCGUCUGCACUCGCAUUUUCUGUUUUUACUGUCUGAUUUGACAAUGAUGACGCUGAUGAGGCCUAAAUUGAUUAGCGGCGAGUGAUGUACAUACAUACAUAUGUAUAAAGAACUUAACUGAUGAAGUCAUUGAACUAAUUCAUGUAUUUGCCUUCGCCAAAAUACAUUUUAUAUCUGGUUUCACGUAAAAAAAUUAAAAAAUAUUUUUCGCCCCGAGGCAAGCAGAAUAAUUACCAAAAAGUUAAAACGAAAGUUUUUCUGAUAUCUUGCGAAAUAUUCCAAUUAAAGGUUUUUUGUUUGGAUUUCGUACUACAUUAGUAUUUUAAAUGUUUAGAUUACUCAUUUUUGACCCUGUAACGAUUGUAGAUUUAUUUAUUAUAAGCUUUGAAGCCAAACACAUCAUAUUACAAAAAUUAAUUAUUUAUUUAUUUAUUAGAGAUGAUAGUAUAGUUUAUAAAACUAACACUAACAUAAGCGUAAAUAGUACUAGCUACGAGGCCAUCAACUAUGUACAUCUAUAUUUUCUUUCAGUUUCAAAAAAAAGUUAUUAAAAAGUUUCUUUAAAAUCAGAUUAUAUUUUAAACUCUUGUAUUUGGUAGGGAAAAACACACAAUAUCCAUAAGAUAACAGAAGAAUGGUAACCAAUGUAAAUAUUCUGUUUUGACCAACUUAUGUUUUUUAUUUUUAGCCCACUUAAUGGUCGGGGUCGCGAAACAAGCAGCGUCAUUGGAGCACCCGCAUCUUGUAAGACUGGACGACUCUAUCUAUACAAUCUUAUUGUUAUGCACUAGCCAUCAAGUCGAGUCAAAUUGUCUGGCUACGCCCAUAAAUACUUGGUCUAACAUGUA